AUGGCCGCCCCUAAAGCCUCCUCCCGCCAGACACCCUUGACCUCUCCCCCUCCCGCCUACACGCCACGCACUGCACCCGAUCUUGCUGCACAAAUGCGGCAACAACUGCGUGAGCCUUUCAUCAUGGGCCGGCCAUCCAUCCCCGAGACAGUCCUGGAGGCCUUGACGACUGAGGACGAGGAUGACCAAGACCAGGAGGAGGGCAUCUCCCCCAUCAGCCUCCGCAUCAACACCUCUGUUCUCAUUUCCAAGAACAACAACCUGGUGUGUCUCACAGACACGCCUGCCAGCCAUGCCAACGCUAUUGCCAGGGCCGUCGUUAAGGCCAUCCAGGAGAACAGCUCCGGCCAGUGCGGCAUCCCCAUGAUUGACGAAGACGGCCGUCCUCGGCCAGUCAAGAUUGAGGUUGACGCGGGCAUCACCGUCGAGGGCUCAGGAAACAUCGUCGGCAACGAGGCCAUCAUGAACGAGGUCCUCCGCCAGCGCAGCCUUACCCGCAAGAGGGCAGCCGACUUUGAUGAUGAUGAGAGCGACGUGUCUGCCCUCCCGACGAAGCAACGUCGUGGAAGCGGCAGCACCAGCAGCAUUUCCCCUUGA